AUGCGAAUUCUCAGUGAUCGGCGAUCAUUUCUAUUUCUCGUUUGCUCAAUCUGGAGUACAGUUCAUCCACGUUUCUGCCUAGAGGGUUCAGAUUGCGGGAUGGUCAGCAAUCAAUGUCACGUUUGCGAGGGGGCGGCUUGUCUCCGGAUAUUUAGACCAGCUCGUUUAACAACCCGGGGCACUCCAUCGGUUGCGUUGACGUGUCUCCCGCACGAUUCACUCAUUCAUUCCUACAAUCCCGAUGGAUGCAGAACGACAAUGCACGGUGACACGCAAUGCCUGUGCUCACACCGGGAUUACUGCAAUUCGGCUUCACAUCCCCCUAUGAUCACCAAAAUAUCGAUGCUCGUAUCAAUUCCAUUUGCCUUAUUCGUUUUCGAUAAUCGA